AUCAAGACGUUUAUGAAUUUGUGAGUUCUAUUUUGUCAAUACUUUCGGUUACUGUUUUUUCCUCUUUAUUGUGAAAGAAAUACGGUAAUUGCCAAAACAAUCAGUGAUUUACAAAUUAGAUUGCUUCAAACAGUUUUUGAUAGGAAUACUGCGUCACCAUAUCCGUUUAAAACAUUAAUUUUUUACAAAAUGAGUGAAAAUAGUGGUUUGUAUAAGACAAUUGGUAUUUGGAUGUCAGAGAAAAAAAGUCACAAACUUAAUUGGAAGGAAUUAUUAAACGCUUGCACAACACAUGGCUAUAAAGUUGUAAAAUUAGAUUUAGAAAAACCUCUGGAAGAACAAGGUAAAUUGGAUGUUUUUCUUCACAAGCUAACAGAUAUAAUAGCAGCAGCUGAUCAAGGUGAUCCUAAAGCUUCAAGUAUUAUAGGAAGGGUGGAGCAGUAUUUAUCAAAUCAUCCAAAUGUUACAGUUAUAGAUCCAUUGAAUAAUGUGAGAAUACUCUUAAAUAGGUAUGGUUACUAUUCAAUAUUAGAAGAGGAGGUAUCACUACAAAACAUUGGUGUGUUUACACCAACAUUUGCUGAAUUCACAACUGCAAAUAUUGAACAAAAUAUAGAAAUUAUGAGACAAAGAGGUGUCACAUUCCCUGUCAUCUGUAAGCCAACUUUGGCUCAUGGGUCUAAAUCAGCUCAUGAAAUGGUUUUGGUAUUUAAUGAGAGAGGAUUGAAUGUUUGUAGGCCACCCUGUGUUGUACAAAGUUUUGUGAAUCAUAAUGCUGUUUUACAUAAGGUGUUUCUUGUUGGUAAUAGAUAUCACAUAUGUCAACGUCCAAGCCUUAAAAACUUUUAUGCGUCAGAUGAUUUAGACCCAAUUUUCUACAGCACUGGAGAAGUUUGUAAAGCAGACAGUCAGUCAACUCUCUCAAUAUUGGACCCACACGACAAACCGGAAUUAAGAAUGCACCCAAAUGAGGAUAAAAUAAAAUCCAUCAUAAAAGUGCUUAGGAAAAGAAUUGGCCUGCUCUUAGCUGGCUUUGAUGUUGUAAUCGACAAUGCGUCAGGUAAUCACGCUGUAAUAGAUAUAAACGUAUUCCCUAGUUACGAUAAUUUCCCCAAUUUCUUUAACCAUUUAUUGGAUUGUAUACAAGAUAAUGUUAGGGUAUGUAAUGACAGUAGUUUCGACGAUUGUGUCAAUAAUCACAGGCCUAAUGGCUUAAUUAAUAUAGGCGUUAACUCCGUUCAGUAUGGUGUAACUGGAAUGAAUAUCAAUUAGUGGCUAGUAUGAUAAUCGACUUGAAAAUUAUACAAAUUUAUUCAGUACCAAUUUAUUUAUCAAUGGACGUGUGAAUCUAUUAUAGUUUUAAUUCCAUAGAAUUAGGUUAAUAAGUUAUUCCAUGUAUUCUGUAAACCUAUAUUAAUUUGACCUAAUUAAUCCUCAUCAAAAUAAUCUCUCCAAUUUAUAAUAAACUGCAUGAUAUUAUUAUGUUAUUUAACAUUUGUGUAUGCAUUUUUAAUAUUGUCUAUUAAUGCUAGUUUGUAAGAAAAACACUAAGCAUCAUAAAUAAAGGUUGUUGGCACAUUUUACAUGCCAUUGCUGAGUAGGUAUUGUUUAUGUAUGUUUUAUGCUGCCAAAAUGAUAUUAUAGUACGAAGUACUUAUGAUAGAGAAUAUUGUAUUUGGUUUGUAGUGAGCUUUUACUAAUAGCAUUUAAUACAGCUAUUAUUGGUAUUAUGUGAUUUGUGAUAUAUAUCAUCUGUCUUGAGUAUGUAAAUCCUUACUCACUGAAAUUGUUAAAGGUUUAUGUUUGCUUUAGUUUUCAUUUUUUUAAAUAAUUUUCUUCAUUUCACGCUCAAUAAUCUAUUAUGUAAUAUUUGUGGGAAAAUGGCAUGAAAAUGGAAAUAAAUAUGGAAAGUAUGUAAUGCAUUAUGAGGAAGAGUGAAUUGAAAACAUUUUGUAAAUUUUAUCUAAGUUCAAUCUGGAAGAAGGAAUUGACAUUUAUUUUCUUAUAAAUAUGUCAAAUAUUAAUUAUAAUCCAAUAUGGUUGGAUGAAAAGUAGACACAACCAUAUUUUAUAUAAACGGUAAUAUAUACAAUAGAAGCCAUUUCAAUAUUCUAAAUAGAUUAAUACAGAUUAUAAACAGAAUAUUACUACCGACAUUAGACUUAUUAACUAAUUCAGCCUUAUAUAUUAUGUGGCGUUUAAAUCGAGCAUUUAAAUCGAAUUUUCUUAAUUUUAUGACCACUAAAACUGUGUUCGUUGAAUUUGUAAAAUAUACAUGUACCUAGUAAUAUUUAAAAAUCUUAUGUGAUAUUGUCUAUUGAUAGAAUUAAGAACUCAACUCAUUGACAAGUAUCUUGCAAUUUUUGAUUAAAAAUAUUGAAACACUAAGGUAGAUAAAAUAGCAUACCUAUGCAUACAUAAUAAUAUGAUAAAAAAAUGUGAUUUAAUUUUAAAAAUAAAAUUAUUAUCGUUAUAUGUAUGAAUGAUAAAAGAAUACUCUAUAAUGUGUACUUAUGCUGUAAUUUUAGUUGGCAAGUUGGCAAGGCAAGUUGAUAUAAGCUAAAAGCUUUUAUUAGAUAUUGCAAUGUAUAGUGUAAAGAUAAUAUUCUGUUAAAUUAAAAUGCACCAAAUUGAUUGUGUUUCAAAAUUGUGUAAAUUAAUACUAAAACUUGCAUUGCAGUUAAAAUAGCGAAUAAGUAAACAAAUUUGGUGAAUAAAUACCUACUUAACAGAUACAGCUACUUCUAAGUUUAAGUAGGUACUAAAGUUGUUAUAAAACUACUAUUGAAAUCUAAUAAAAAUAAAUAUUCAUUAUUUUUAUAAAUCAUUGCUAAAAUAACAAACGAUUUUUCUCUCGUUGGUAUUCCAACCAAAAAUAUAUUUGGUAAUUUGUUCAAUAUGGAUCAGAGUGGUAUUAAAACAUUUUUAAAAAUAAACAUAGAUUCAGUGACCAAUAAAGACUGCCUCUUUACAAAGAAGUUGUACCAAAAAGGAAGGUUAUCGCUACACCAUGUCGCGACCGGGCCGUGCACGGCCGGGGCACGUCGUAGAAAUGUUAUUGAAGUGAAACUUCUUUAUCGGGGUUGGAAAAAAAAAUUAGUGUAACAUUUUUUCGUUACGCGUGACAUUUUUCCGUUACGCGCCAUCUUUU